UUUUAUAUACAAAAAUGGAAAAACAGAAAUUCAAAAACAUAACCCUAUUAUUUCCAUAAAACCCAUCUCCCAUAUCUCUACCACCUAAGAAGAAGAAAAAAAGCAAAAAAAGCCAUGCUUGAAGAAUCUUUAACAUCUAUACCCUCAAUCUGGGCUUCACUGAACAGUUGGUUCACUCCCACUGUUCUUUUCCUCUUCCUCAAUCUCAUGAUUGGCACCAUUUUUGUCACCUCUAGUUUAGCCACCCCCAAGCCCACUUCUAAUAAUACUCAACACAAUCACCAACUUGCUAGAUCUCCCUCUGUUCUUCAAAGACUCAAGUCCAUCAACUUUCAUAGUCUCAGAUCUGCAGAAAAAACUCAACAUUUUGAUAAUAAUGUUAUUAUUACUACUAAUUAUCAUCAAUCUCCACUAGAAGAAUACCACCAAAACCAAUCUUUUCUUUCAAGAUCUCCGUCCAUGCUUCAAAGAAUCAAAUCCGUUAAUCUUUACAAUUAUUUCUCUCAAGAACUGCCCAAAAAUCAAGAACCACACACUCCUACGAAUCAAGAUUCACUUCAAGAACAUCAAGAAACCGAUACGUUUCAAGAACAUCAAGAAACCGACACGUUUCAAGAACAGUAUCAAGAACCUGAAGAAGAUACUAUUCAAGAUCAAGAACAGACACUGGACGAGAUUUAUAGUAAACUAAAGACUAAUUUUCACCAAGUCGGCAGAUCAAAGUCCGACACGAAGCCGACAGCCGGAGAAGUGUCGAAGAAGUUAGCGAAGAAAAUGAGGAAAUCUGCGAGUACUAAAUCUGCUUUUGCUCAUUUUGAAGAGGAAGAUGAUGACAUUGUUGAGUCUCGCCGGCCGGCGACGGUGAGAGAAGGGAAGAGCGGCGGUCAUAGAAUGACGGAGGUUGAUGAUGCUGAGGUGGACGCUAAAGCUGACGAUUUCAUUAACCGGUUUAAACAGCAGCUCAAGUUGCAGCGGGUUGACUCCAUUGUACGGUACAAGGAGAUGGUUAAUAGAGGCAGUAAUAAUGCAAAUUAGUAGAUGUUUUUUAUUUUAUAAUUAGGUGCAUUUUUUUUCUUGAUUUUGAAAUUUAACUUCUAUUUUGGGAAAUUUGGUUCAUAAUUUUAGGGUUGUAUGAUUAUUUAUUUUCUUUUCAA